AUGAAAACCGGUCUGGGAAGGUGUACGUUUAUUGCAGAAUUUAAAGAAGCAUUUUCGUUAUUCGAUAAAGAUGGUGAUGGCACAAUUACGACAAAAGAACUGGGCACUGUUAUGCGAUCCUUAGGGCAGAAUCCGACCGAAGCCGAGCUGCAGGAUAUGAUUAAUGAAGUUGAUGCAGACGGCAACGGCACUAUCGAUUUUCCGGAGUUCCUUACCAUGAUGGCACGGAAAAUGAAAGACACAGAUAGCGAAGAAGAAAUCCGUGAAGCCUUCCGAGUUUUUGACAAGGACGGUAAUGGUUUCAUAUCAGCAGCGGAAUUGCGUCAUGUUAUGACGAAUCUUGGCGAAAAGCUUACUGAUGAGGAGGUGGACGAGAUGAUCAGGGAGGCUGAUAUCGAUGGAGAUGGUCAAGUCAAUUACGAAGGUAGGCAACUUUAUCUCCCACUUCAUUCCUUUAAGCACUAUUGA